AUACCUAGCUCAAUUACGUACCUACCUAGGUACAUAUCUUUGAUCCUCUCGUCUUCAUCUUUUCGCGCGAAGUUAAAUAUAUUAACUACAAGAAUUGAUCUCAUGAGCUUUCUUCCCGCAAUAGCGCACAGAUGCAUCCAUCACACUUCAUUCACAUGUCGAUAAAAUGGCAGAUAAAGAUCCUGCCGACUUUUUCGCCUUCCCGGAUUACGAACAAUGUUCAAAACGGUUAACGUUGCCAGAGACAAAUUUGGAGUUUUUCCGUAUCGAUUUCAGAGACUCGGAAAUAUCAAAAAAUGGACUCAUCAGUCUCAAAUCUGUUAACCCACACGUUGAUGGAUUCUUCCGGUUGCCUGAGUUUCCGGCGUCUGUAAACUCUAAUAAUUCCAAUGGAGCCAAUGAGAGCGAACAGCAGAAAAGUCCUGUUGUUGAACCACUACAUAAUGUGGAUUUACAAGAACCCGCCGUAUUUGAAGACUUAUGGUCCCAAUGCCAUGAACCAUCAAAAGCGGACGCCGAGUACAAAACAUGGGACGAAUUCUUAAUUCCUGAUAACGCUGUAACGACACCCUUAUUCAUCACCGAAGCUGGACCAGGAGUUUACGACGCUGCGAUGAAGGAAUUGGAAGAUCCCCUUAGGAUGGGGAGUACGAAUAGCAGUGUGGUUCAAACGCGACCUUACAUUGCAGCACUUCUGUCACUGGCAUUCGGCAGGGCUUCGAACUUGUUUAAUUGGAACGAGGAAAAGGCUAGCUUUAUCCCGAAGCUAGAUGAGAUGAGAAUCUCAGGCUACUCUGCGGAUGUUCUUAAGGGCCUUCAGGAACGUUGUGUUGAAUGCGGAAAUGCAACUCGAUAUCUUUCAGCGUACGUCCAGACUACAUACACGAAGUAUCCAGGACCAGUUAGGAUAGCUGUCGCAAAAGCCGUGGAUGUGGCUCUACUAGCCAUUCAGAAGAACCUAGGAACCAGAGCGAGAGAAGUACGAUCUCUCCUUCAACUUCAGCUUCUCAUUCAACCCAUUGUAUCAUUACUAGCCUAUUUCAAACACCUGAUAGUCGAGAUUUCGAAAACAAAAACCGAGGAGCAAAUUCUAUCUCUCAUUUUCAAGGAGGUCCAAAUUCGAGAGCAUGGGAACGCGCUACUUAAUGGGGUUACGCGCGAUCUGCUAUCACGCGCUUCAUUGCCAUGGGCUGAGUUCACUGAAAAAUGGAUUGGCGUUAAGGCUGAAAAUGGUCUCCCAAUAAGCAAAACAAACCCAGGAAAUGGAUUUAUUAAGGUUGAAAACAUCGCUGUUAUGGACGAUUUUGGAUUCGAGAUGGAUGAACCAGACUACGUCCUCGAUGAAAAUCGUAUGCCGGAAUUUGUCCCUAGCGAAGUGGCAACAGUCAUGUUUGAGACUGGGAAAACUCUGAGGCUUCUCCGCAUACACCAUCCAGACAACCCAGUUUGCCGCAUGAGCCUCAUUGCCGAGAGCAAACCUCCAACUCUUCAGUGGCAUUUUGAUUGGAAGUCCAUUGAACAUUUCCAUCAAGAGGUCAAGGAGUACGAGAAACGCCUAUUCGAAAACUUGCGACGUUGGUCUGCGGGAGAGACAACGACGCCUGGGUUAAUUGGUGCGACCGAAAAUAAGUUAAACAGGCCCUUCACCUUGCAAUUCUGGGGGCACUCAGCAGCCGAAAUAGAAGAGAGACUGCUAGCAUCCAUCGAGCAAAUGAACAAGCCACCAGCACUUUCCUACGGUGAAGAUAACUUGAUGGAAUUACUUGACACUCGAUUAUUCGAAGACACCUCUAUUGCAGAAGAAGCCAUCUCUGAAAUCCCGCCUCAUUGGUCAUUGAUACCAUAUCAGGCAUUCGAACCACUUGUCGCGGUUCAAGCACGAGUCAUCAAUCGCGAGUACAUGAAGCUGUUGUUUAGUGCGCAUCAGCUGCGAGACCACCUUUCCCUACAGAAGCAAUUCCAAUUACUCGGAAAUGGUGUCUUCUGUAGUCGCCUUUCCCAUGCACUUUUUGACCCUGAUCUCGACACGGCUGAACGACAGGCAGGUAUUGCUCUAACUGGUGGCACAAUGGGCUUACGAUUAAGCGGAAGAAAGACUUGGCCCCCAGCGAGUUCCGAACUCCGACUAGCUUUGAUGGGUGUUCUUGCAGAGAGUUACCUGUCUUCGUCACCCGAACCGGUAGACAGUAAAAACGAGCUACCUGGCGAUAUCAGUUUCGCCGUCCGCGACUUGUCGCCUGAGGAAAUUGAGAAGUGUUUGGAUCCCGAAUCGUUGGAAGCUUUAGAUUUCCUUCGGCUUUCAUAUAAGCCUACUGCGCCUCUCUCCCCGAUUUUCACGACAGUGGUCCUACUCAAAUACGACAAAAUAUUCAAAUUAUUACUCCGAGUGCUACGAAUGCUCUACGUGACCGAGCAAAUAUUCCGGGAUAGUCUUGCGAGAACAUCGAAUUGGCAUCAUAUUGAUAAUGCUUCGCUACGAUUUCGCAUCGAAGCACAAUAUUUUAUCACGAGCAUAAGCGCAUACUUUUUUGAGACAGGUUUGGAGAUACCAUGGAAACGAUUCGACACCUGGCUUAACGGUGUAGAGACCAAUAUUUCGAAGUCUGACCUUGACCACGAAGAAGCACGGGUUAUAAGCCCGGACGGAGUACGCGAGGAACACGAACGAAUGUUGGAUCAUAUCAUGCAUACAUUAUUACUACGAAAGAGACAACAACCUGUUAUGAAACUACUGGAAGAUAUUUUCACGUUAAUUCUCAAGUUCUCAAAAGUGGCUCGCCUGGAAGCCAUUGGGGGCAAGGGAAAUAAGGCGCAAGACUUAUCACCUAAGAGCUUGUAUAAUGCCUUCAAGAAGAAGGUGGAUAUAUUUAUAACGGUCUGUCGUGGCCUCAGAGAGAAAGGCAGUUACACAGAGAAGCCGACCAAGGACGAAUUGAUGAGUGAUGGAAAACGUGGAGAUAGUGUGAAGGACGAGAAUACAAUUGACAUGCUUUUGGUCAAGCUUGAGAUGUCAGGAUACUAUGGUCGCGUGCGGCCUAAUUAAAUAGAAUUAUAAGAUACCCCGAAUGAAUGAAUCUUACCUCAUUUUACA